GCGCGUCGGAGGCGCUGGCGCUAAGGCUGUCCAGGUUGGAAGAGUGGAGGGACGGCGUAGAGGAGUGGAUGAAGGCCGCCAACGAGCAGUGUCGCGCGGAAACCGACGCGCUGCUACGGUUCUCGGACGAGGCGAGGACGACCGCAGGGGUCUUCGUCGGCCAGCGGAGGCCCGGGGCCUCGGCCGAAGAGAGGGCCUCCCGGACGACACGGCAGGGCGGUGCGUCGAGCAACCGAGUCCAGGCCUAG